AUGAAAUUGCUGGGCUCGUAUUACACUUGGUCGAAUAACCAAGAUGGUCCUAAUCGCAUUUUUUCCAAAAUAGACAGAGUAUUUGUAAAUGAGGAUUGGAUUGAUAUGUUUCCAAAUGUCAAUGCAAUAGCUAGUUGGGAGGUAAUUUCGGAUCACUGUGCCAUUAUUUUGAAGAAUAUUUCUGUUAUUAAAAAUGGUCUGCGACCCUUUCGAUUUUUCAAUAUGUGGACUAAUCAUCCGCUCUUCAAGCCUAGUGUUUUAGAUAGCUGGGAAAAAGAGUUACCUUUAGAGAGUUAUGGUCUGCAUCAGAUAUUGAGGAAAUUGCUUCGUCUUCAGUCCAUUUUGAAGAGGUUUAACUGGAAAGUGGUAGGUGAUAUAGUUAAGGAGUAUGAGAAUAGCAAGGUGUCAUUACAGCAAGCUAAAAAUAACUUGUUUUCUAAUCCGAAUAACCAAAGUCUGAGUGAUAUAGAGAGAAUUUCUCACCUGGAUUAUAAACAGAAAGAGGCUGCCUAUGCUAGUUUCUUAUCUCAACAGAGUAAGGUUGAUUGGAUGAGGUUUGGAGAUGAGAAUUCUUCUCUGUUUUACUCCAGCAUGAAGAAAAGGAAGAGGCUCAAUAGGAUUGUUUCUUUUGUUGAUGAUCAAGGUAGUGUUGUAGUGGAUUAUCCUAAAGAAGUCCAAACAGCUAUGUUCAGCAUAAAGUCAAUAAAAAGCCCGGGUCCGGACGGUUUUGGGGCUGGUUUCUAUAAGAAUUUAUGGCCUAAUACAGGGAAAGAAGUGGCUUCAGCAGUGUUGGAAUUUUUUGAUCUAGGCCAUAUUCCGAAGAGGCUGAACAGUACUAUUUUAGCCCUUAUCCCCAAAGUUACUCAACCAUCAAAUGCCUCAGAUUACCGCCCAAUUGCCUGCUGUAACACUCUUUACAAAUGCAUUUCUAAAAUGCUUUGUAACAGAUUAAUUCCUAUCCUUCCUAAGUGA